AUGGGUCAGUGUUGCUGCUUUCUCUACGCCUACUUCUUUGAGCCCCCUGUGAUACGCGUUCUCAUGCUUGGACUGGACAACGGAGGCAAAAAGACCAUCCUCUCACGACUUGGAAGCAUCAUAUCCUUCGAACCGGCCCGAUUUUUUCAAGUGGACACUGUGGAUUAUAAGGAGUUAUACAUUCGAUCUUGGGAUAUUGGUGGAUUUUGCCAACCCAAAUCUCUCUGGAGGCAUUUUUAUCAGUAUACUGAAGAACGAUCCGAGUAG